AUGCACACACAAGUCGAAGUUGAUCAGUUACUACGUCAGUUUUGGGAGAUCAAUGAAGAUUCACCAAACGUGAAGCCUCUGUCAAAAGCUGAAAGACAGUGUGAAGAGCAUUUUAAGAAAACUCACACUCGAAACACUGACGGUCGAUAUAAGGUUCGCCUACCCUUCAAGGACGAAGACGCUCCAAAUUUAGGCAACUCCAGACAACUUGCUUUGAAGCGCUUACAUCAGAUGGAGAAUAAGUUUAAGCGAAUACCCGAAUUUCACGAAGAAUACUGCAAGUUCAUGAGGCAAUAUGAGUCACUCGGUCACAUGGAGAUAGUACCUGAAAUAGAGAAGAAGAAUAGAGCUUAUUACUUACCACAUCAUGCUAUUCUUCGUGCCUCGAGCCUCACUACAAAGUUGCGCGUAGUUUUUGACGGAAGCGCUAAACCUGUAGACGGAAACUCACUUAACGAUGAGUUACUCAUCGGCCCCCCGCUGCAACAAGAUAUACGAGCUUUAGUAACACGGUGGAGACAACAUAAGUACUGCCUAGUAGCUGAUAUACAACAAAUGUACCGACAGAUACUUAUCUCAAAGCAAGACACUGAUUACCAGAGAAUAUUGUGGCGCGAGUCAUCGGAAGACCCGAUCAGAGAGUAUCGUUUACUUACCGUCACAUAUGGCAGUUCAUGUGCUCCAUAUCUUGCCAUCAGGACACUUCAUCAACUUGCAGAGGACGAACGUGGAGAGUUUCCUGAAGCUGAACUUCUAAAAACUGAUCUCUAUAUGGACGAUUUGAUGACGGGCUCAUCUACAGAAGAAGACACUCAACGGCUUCAACGUCGCUUAACUGAACUGUUUAAACGUGGCGGUUUUCUUCUUCAUAAGUGGUCGUCUAAUAGUGAAACGGUUUUAAGUGAGAUUCCCGAUUCGAAAAAAGCGUUAAAAGGUUCAGUGAAUAUUAAAAUGGAUGAUUCGGUGAAAGCUCUGGGCAUAGCCUGGAAACCACAAAGUGAUAUAUUAGAACUGGUAGUUAACUUACCUCGUGACAACGACGUUGUUACAAAACGAAGUGUGCUAUCUGCGAUAGCUAAAACGUUUGACCCUCUGGGUUGGCUAGCACCUUGCGUGGUUGUUUUAAAAAUAUUUAUGCAGAAGUUGUGGCUAGCCGGCCUGGACUGGGACUCUGAACUUCCUGAAGACCUGAAAACUGAAUGGCAGAAGUACCUGACUAAUUUUGAACAUAUGCAGGCUGAGACGUCAAUAAAACCACGCGGUAGGUAA